AUGCACUUCUCCCAGGCUACCGUCGCGGCCGUCGUCGCCGCUGGCUUCGUCUCUGCCGCCCCUACCGUUUCGAAGCGUGCUGCAAUCACUGAUGCCGACAUUCUCCAGUACGCCCUGACCCUGGAGCAUCUCGAGGACACCUUCUACCGCGACGGCCUCGCCAAGUUCUCCCAGCAGGACUUCCAGAACGCCGGCUUCGACGCCACCGUCUACAGCAACGUCAAGUCCAUCGCCAGCGACGAGGCCGCCCACGUCGGCUUCCUGACCAAGGCUCUCCAGGCCGCCGGCGCCAACCCCACGGCCGCCUGCACCUACAACUUUGGCUACACCGACGUCAAGUCCUUCAUGGCCACCGCCUCCAUCCUCGAGGGCGUCGGCGUCUCCGCCUACCUCGGCGCCGCCGCCGACAUCAUGCCCAAGACCUACCUCACCGCCGCCGGCUCCAUCCUGACCGUCGAGUCGCGCCACUCCUCCUACAUCCGCGCCAACCUCAACCAGAAGCCCUUCCCGCAGCCGUUCGACGCGCCCCUCUCCCUCGACGAGGUCUACUCCCUCGCCUCGGGCUUCAUCACCGCCUGCCCGGCCUCCAACCCGGCGCUGCCCGUCAAGGCGUUCCCGGCCCUCGCGCUCGCCGCCAACACCCCCAUGCCGGUCAAGACCGGCGCCGAGGUCGUCUUGCAGACGCCCGGCUACCAGCUCAAGGGCCCCAGCCCCGACACCAAGAUCUACGCGGCGUUCGUGGCCGUCACGGGACCGGUGUUCGCCGACGCCACGCCGGUGGACGGCGGCUUCAAGGUCACGAUCCCCGAGGGCUUCGCCGGCCAGACCUACGCUGUCCUCACCAGCUGCAAGGAUGCCGUCAACGACGACACCAUCGCUGCCGGCCCUGCCAUCAUUGAGAUUUCCUCCUAA